AUGGACACUAUGAGCUGCGCAUUACGAAGAGCUGCUCAAUCACCAUUCUUGAGGGACAUUGAACGGGCACCUAUGCCAAGCAAGUUCACCCAGCCUCCAUUUAACUCUUACGAUAGGAAGACGGAUCCAGUAGAGCAUGUGUUCCCCUCGAGUCUCAGGCCCACCGCUUUAAGAUGGUUCAAUGGGCAAAGAAAAGGCUCAAUUCGCAGUUUCGCCGAACUGAUUCAGGAGUUCAAUGUCCAAUUUAUGACCUACAGCCAGGUGCCGCAACUAGUAGACGCCCUGCUAUCAAUGAAAAUGGGAGCCGGGGAAACCCUUUACAACUACACUAGCCGGUAUUGGGAGCUUUACAACGAGAUCGGUGGGGGCAACAAAAAAAUCGCAGAAAGCACCUUUUGGCUGGGAUUGCCCGAGGACUCCAAAUUGCAAGAGUUAUUAACAAAGAGGUCUCCCGAGGAUAUGAGGCAGCUAAUGAGGCGUAUUGAGGAAUAUAAACAGUUAGAGGAUGGUCGGUAG